AUGGAUAACUCAUCAAACAACCAACUAUCCAUCCAAGAUCUGGAGGAUCUAUUGAGGACGCCCAGCUUCUCCUUCACUUUGCCAGUUGCCACCGAGUUGGUGCUGGCGAGCGACGUGCCGUUGCAUCUGCAGACGUGGAGGACGCCACCUGACUUCUCCAAUUCGCCCACAGUCCUACCUGUCGCUGCCGAUCAAGCUACAGAGUCCUCGACACGAACGGCGAACAACCGUCUGGAUGAGAGUAUCGCCGCAGCGCACAUCUUGAUGGCGCUAAGCCGUCACAAUCGCAAAGUCUCCAACGGCGCCGUGAACACGUCUACCACGAUCAACUCGCCGGCAAGCAAACACAACGGCUCGAUGGCUUCUGGGACUGAGACUGGGGAACCUAGAAGCUCAAGUCAGAAGGCUGUUGAUUCUGAUCCUUCAGGCACAUUCAAACCCGCAACCGGACUUGAAUCCCCACAGCAACCAACCAGUCUCCGUCGUUCUAGCCGUGUGGCAGGCAUCGUCGCUGGACAGUCGCAUUUGUCCAAGCAAGUCCGGCUACUCCGUCACUGA